AUGGCUGACUUUGGAGAAAAGGGGUUCCCGUUUCUAUGCUCCAUCAUGACGGGCAAGAGGGAUUCUUGAGUUUCUAUGGCCAGCCUCACAGAAUCAGAGAUCAGAGACGGGGCAGAAGGUCAGAGAGAAACUUGCUUCUGAGGCUGCCUCUGGGGUCUUCAUUUUGGGGUUUCGUUUUCAGAGCCUCAACAGGAGCAAGUCAUGCACAUAGCUGGAGGAGAUAGGCCCUCAUAGAGGGCACGUAAUGAGUGGUCAAUAAAAGCUUGCUGAGUGAAGGUGUAUGUGGACAUGAAUGGCCCAGGCCAACUGUGAACAGUGGAAUAGGACAGUGUUCUUACUUAGGACUCUGACCCUAACUUCCGGGAAAGUAAACCAACAUUCAGGAUGUACCGGCCAUCGGACCCCCGCCAUCAGCGGAUGCCUGUUUUGCAGAGCUGCUAACCCGGGGCCCCGACACGUUUCUCUGCCCACGGCAGCCAGCCCCGCGGUCCUUCGGCCUGGACGCGGUCCUGUGCUGCCACCUGCCUCCGAGGGACAAAGAAAGUGGGAGAGCCGGGCCAGACUCCCUCCCGCCAAAACCCUUGCCCGGUGCUGAGAGGCGCCCGGAGCCCAGGGGUGCGGGGCGGGUGUAACUCCCCGAGCCUGCCCCGCCGCCUGCCUCCACCGUGCCGCGGGCGCCUUUCUUCGCUCCCGCUGCGUUGGAGCCUUCGCAGCGCUCCGGAACUCUGCUGCUACAGCAAAGUUCCCGGCCGGCCGCCGGAGCUGCCGGAAGCGGAAGUGCUCGUUGGGAGUGCACAGGGCGCCUUCGAGCAGCGGCGACCGAGGCGGCAAAGGAGAGAGCCAUGGAGCAUGUGACGGAGGGCUCCUGGGAGUCUCUGCCAGUGUCACUGCACCCGCGGGUGCUGGGCGCGCUGCGAGAGCUGGGCUUCCCGUACAUGACGCCGGUGCAGUCUGCAACCAUCCCUCUGUUCAUGCGAAACAAAGAUGUCGCUGCAGAAGCGGUCACAGGUAGUGGCAAAACACUCGCUUUUGUCAUCCCCAUCCUGGAAAUUCUUCUGAGAAGAGAAGAGAAGUUAAAGAAGAGUCAGGUUGGAGCCAUAAUCAUCACCCCCACCCGAGAGCUGGCCGUUCAGAUAGACGAGGUCCUGUCGCAUUUCACGAAGCACUUCCCCCAGUUCAGCCAGAUUCUUUGGAUUGGAGGCAGGAAUCCUGGAGAAGAUGUUGAGAGGUUUAAGCAGCAAGGUGGGAACAUCAUUGUGGCCACUCCAGGCCGCUUGGAGGACAUGUUCCGAAGGAAGGCGGAAGGCUUGGAUCUGGCCAGCUGUGUGCGAUCCCUGGAUGUCCUGGUGUUGGAUGAGGCAGACAGACUUCUGGACAUGGGGUUUGAGGCAAGCAUCAACACCAUCCUGGAGUUUUUGCCAAAGCAGAGGAGAACAGGCCUUUUCUCAGCCACUCAGACGCAGGAAGUGGAGAACUUGGUGAGAGCGGGCCUCCGGAACCCUGUCCGGGUCUCGGUGAAGGAGAAAGGCGAGGCAGCCAGCAGCACCCAGAAGACCCCCUCCCGCCUGGAAAACUACUACAUGGUAUGCAAGGCAGAUGAGAAAUUUAAUCAGCUGGUCCAUUUUCUUCACAAUCAUAAGCAGGAGAAACACCUGGUCUUCUUCAGCACCUGUGCCUGUGUGGAAUACUAUGGGAAGGCUCUGGAGGCGCUGGUGAAGGGCGUGAGGAUUAUGUGCAUUCAUGGAAAGAUGAAAUAUAAACGCAAUAAGAUCUUCAUGGAGUUCCGCAAACUGCAAAGUGGGAUUUUGGUGUGCACUGAUGUGAUGGCCCGGGGAAUUGAUAUUCCUGAAGUCAACUGGGUUUUGCAGUAUGACCCUCCCAGCAAUGCAAGUGCCUUCGUGCAUCGCUGCGGUCGCACAGCUCGCAUUGGCCACGGGGGCAGCGCUCUGGUGUUCCUCCUGCCCAUGGAAGAGUCAUACGUCAAUUUCCUUGCAAUUAACCAGAAAUGCCCCCUGCAGGAGAUGAAGCUCCAGAGAAACACAGCGGACCUUCUGCCAAAACUCAAGUCCAUGGCCCUGGCUGACAGAGCUGUGUUUGAAAAGGGCAUGAAAGCUUUUGUGUCGUAUGUCCAGGCUUAUGCAAAGCAUGAAUGCAACCUGAUUUUCAGAUUAAAGGAUCUUGAUUUUGCCAGCCUUGCUCAAGGUUUUGCCCUGCUGAGGAUGCCCAAGAUGCCAGAAUUGAGAGGAAAGCAGUUUCCAGAUUUUGUGCCUGUGGACGUUAAUACAGACACGAUUCCAUUUAAAGAUAAAAUUAGAGAAAAGCAGAGGCAGAAACUCCUGGAGCAACAAAGAAGAGAGAAAACAGAACAUGAAGGGAGAAGAAAAUUCAUAAAAAACAAAGCUUGGUCGAAGCAGAAGGCCAAAAAAGAAAAGAAGAAAAAAAUGAAUGAGAAAAGGAAAAGGGAAGAGGGUUCUGAUAUUGAAGAUGAGGACAUGGAAGAACUUCUCAAUGACACAAGACUCUUGAAGAAACUUAAGAAAGGCAAAAUAACUGAAGAAGAAUUUGAGAAGGGCUUGUUGACAACUGGCAAAAGAACCAUCAAGACAGUGGAUUUAGGGAUCUCAGAUUUGGAAGAUGACUGCUGAUUCGAGUGCCACAGAUGAACCCACAAGGGCAUAGCUGUUCCCUAACUUAGUGGAUGGCUCCAGUUUGCUUUUAAUGGAAAUCAAAACUUCAGGAGACAUCUGAGAAGAAUCACGUCUCUGAAAGCUGUCCUUUCAGACGAGGGAGAAAUGAAGGGUUUCACACUUGGGAAUAUUUUACUAAAAACAUUCCAGUCUUGGCCGGGUGCAGUGGCUCCUGCCUGUAAUCCCAGCACUUUGUGAGGCUGAGGCAGGAGGAUCACUUGAGCCCAGGAGUUCAAGACCAGCCUGGGCAACACAGCCAGACCCUCUCAUUAAAAACAACAAAACAAAACAAUUCCAGUCUUGAAGUAGUCUAACAAGAAAAUGUACAAUUAUUUGAGUGUAAAUAAUAGAUGUAUUUAUUUAUCAUGAUGGGCCCCAUAUAUAGACCUAUGUACAUAUUAUAUAUAUAUGAGCUCUUUUUUCUGAGGCUAUUUUACAGUUAUUUUUAAACAUAAAGGUACUGAAGUAUUCUUGACUUCUGAUUUUCAAAACCAUUCCUUAGUAUCUUUAGGCAUCUGACCUCCUGAAUGUCCUUGGCCCUGGGCUUCAGUUAUCCUUUGAUGCCCUGCAGAGGUGGCUAACGUGCUGGGGGUUUUUCUGUGUUAAGAAUAGUCCCAGUUUUUUUUUUUUUUUUGAUGAAUAGCUGAAAAACAGAGGCAUUAAGUCACAUUCCGGGAAAGAGAAUUACAGUUUUUAUGCCUUCUGUUGAAUAAAUGGUGUCCUGAUUGCCUGGG